AUGGCUCAACCUGUGCAGCGCAGCAUGAGCUACCGCAAGCCCGUUCCAGUUUAUAUCCCCUCUCCGCCUCCAUCACCUGUCACUUCCUCUCCUCAUCCGAGUAUUCAAGAAGCCGACGCGUCUGGAAACGAUGCUCCUCCUCUACCAGGGAACUGGAGACAAGUCCUUAACGCCAAAAUACUAGAAAUCAAGUCGUCGAAGAUGAACGACCUUGAUGCAGUAACGUGGAAUGAGAAAAGUCAGACACCAGUCGAAGAGUUGGACAUCACGGAGCUGGCAACUCCUCCUAAGGUUACCACAGAUUCUGACGCAGAUAAAGACUCGCUUACCCCACCCUCGACUCUCGGAGCACCGUCCCUAAAUGUGCGGAAAAAGCAAUCGCGUGGUUUGCCGACACACUACCGCCCUCCUACUCCACCCUUGCCUUCGCAAAACAAACGCCGGAACUCAACGCCAGAGCCUUCGAGCACCCCGGAACUCCGCCAAAUUCGUGGGGUAUAUCCCUCAGGAUUCUUUCCUCCCCCCUCAGGGACUGUUCUGAGCAACGCCUCUCUCAAACCUAGCUCUUCGUUUCGAACCGAAAAGACCAUGGUUUCGAUGGGGGCCACAGCAUGGCCGUAUGGUUCUGGAUCCGACAGAGAAAUUCGCAGUUAUCCUACUUUGCUCAGGAAGCAAAGCACUGGCACCCUGAGUCUUUCGGACGAUGAGCCUGACCCUCGAAAUGGCGCUUGUUGCUCAAGGCUUUUCAAUCUCUUCAAACUGAAAAGGCUCUGGAGCUCUGUAUCUUAA